UCCUAUAGGCACCUGCCCACCCCAUAAAAUGCUACUUGGAGGUCCUUCUGCGAGAGAACUCCUUGGAGGAGCCUGGGGGGUGGCUCCCCACGCGGGGCCUGCUUGGGGGUGGCACCUGGGUUCCGGAAUCCAUCCCAGAGCUGGGUAUCUGAAGGGGGGCCUCCUACAGGCACCCGCCCACCCCAUAAGUCCCUGGUGGGAGGUCCUGCUUCAAGGGAACUCCUCGGAGGAGACCGGGAGGGCGGCUCCCCACGCCGGGGCCCCCUCCGGGGUGGCACAUGGGUUAUGGAACCCCUUGCCUUGCAGCCCCUCCAAGGCCAGCCUGUACGGGGCGCUGCUUUUCACCCUCCAACAAGCCCGCUGGCUGCCCAUCUCCAAGGCCACCCUCAUCUUCUUCUUCACCCUCUUCAUGGUGGUCUGCAAGGUCUUCAUGACGGCCACCCACUCCCACGGCUCGCCCUUCGCCCCCCUCGAGGGCCUGCUCUGCCCCGUGCUCUUCGGCUCGGCCCCCGAGGGGCCCCCCCACGAGCCCCCGCCGCCCCGCGCCGGCGCCCACGAGCCGCCCCCCUCCCCGCCGGCCAAGUUCCGGGAGGACCUCAACGAGGGCACCCGCAAGCGGAAGGCCAAGAAGGCCGAGUGAGCCCCCCCACCCCGGGUCCGGGGGGCCCGGGCCUCUGCCCUCCAGCCAGACCCGAGUGGCGCCUUGCUCCAGCAUAACCGGGGGGCACCACUCUCGUGGGCGCCUUCCCCGUGCUCCCGAGAGGACCACAAUCCCCAGUGGCGCAGAAUCCUCACCCGCCGGGGAUGCUGGGCAGGGCGAUCCCCCGUCCCCGGGAAAGGACCCCCCACUCCAAUCAAUGAUUGAAUGAAUUCAAUGGAAUAUCGUAUUUAUGAAACGUAUUUAAUGGGUUAUUUAUUUCCGAGGCGGCGGACCGAACGCCUGUUUAUAUGCCAGGAUUUACUCGAAUUGCAUAAUUUAUGCAAUUCGCAUAAAUUAUGGAAGAUUUGUGAAAUAUUUAUUAUUUCAUUCAGCCGCAUAAUAAAAGAUUCAUGCCUUGAUUGGGAAAUUUGAAAUUUCUGGAAAAUUUGAAAUCGUGUGGAAGAUUUUCGUGAAAUUAUGUAAUUCAAUCGACGGAUGAAAAUCAAAUGCAAUUUGCAUAAAUUAUGGAAGAUUUGCAUAAUAUUUAUUGUUUCAUUCAGCCGCAUAAUAAAAGAUUCAUGCCUUGAUUGGGAAAUAGAUAUUUCUGGAAAAUUUGAAAUCGUGUGGAAGAUUUUCGUGAAAUUAUUUAAUUCGAUCGACGUAUGAAAAUAAAAUGCAAUUUGCAUAAAUUA